GGAACCUUCAAAGUCGUUAUAUCCAACGAGGAAGGGGACAGUGUGCUGUCGUGAUCGCAUUAAAGUCAUUGGAUCUGUUGUCAAUGCCCUUGGUUCAGGAGCGCUGGCAGGUUCGGCUCGGAAUCUCACCUUAGUUGCAUUUUCAACACCUAAGAAAAUGCUGAAGAUUAUUACGCUACUAGUCUUGGCAGUGGCAGCCUCAAGGGCUGACACGUCCCGACCUAUUAUCACGACCCGGGGUGGUCAAAUUCAGGGCGUCACAUCAAGCUGUGGCCUAUUCUGUAGCUACUUCUCAUUUAUGGGCAUUCCAUACGGCGAACCACCAGUUGACGAGCUACGCUUCCGGAACACCGUACCGCAUCGUGGAUGGACAGGAAUCAAGGAUGGCAGUGAUCAUCGUGCUUCGUGCCCAUCCGGCUCCUUGGUUGGAGACGGUUAUUCAGGCGAUGAAGAUUGCUUGUUCUUGAACGUCUACACCCAAAAUAUCAUCGGUUCACGGCCGGUCAUGGUUUGGAUACAUGGCGGAUCGUUCACUGGAGGCUCUGGAGAUGCGUGGAUCUAUGGUCCAGAUCACCUUGUGCAAGAAAAUGUAGUGAUUGUGACUAUCAACUACCGAUUGGGAAUCCUUGGAUUCUUCAGUACUGGUGACGAACACGCUCAAGGAAACUGGGGUAUGAAGGAUUGCGUUGAAGCCCUGCGAUGGGUGCGUGAUAAUAUCGCUGCCUUUGGUGGUGACCCUAACAAUGUGACCGUUUUCGGUGAAAGUGCUGGAGGCGCAGCUGCUCACUAUUUAGUUUUGUCACCAAUGGCAACCGGUCUCUUCCACAAAGCCAUUAUACAAUCCGGAACCUCUCUAUCCCCAUGGGCAUUCCAAUAUAACCCACGUGAAAUGGCGCGUCACGUAGCCGACACUUACGGUUACCCAACCAACAACAAUGCUGAACUGGUGCGCCUUCUCCGUUAUACUCCCAAAGGAGAAUUUGUAAGACUACAGCAAGGAUGGACGGAUAUUCCUAUCCCUCGUGGAUUCAAACCGUUUGAAUUUGUGCCUACGGCGGAACCUGUGAACGCUCCAGAAACUACGUUCCUCACCCAGCGGCCCAUCGAUGCGUUGAAUUCAGGAAAUUUCAAUAAGAUGCCAAUGGUCUUUGGGUACACGGAUGCGGAGUCAUUGUUCAUGAUCCUCGAACACACGAUCGAUUCCACGGUGUGGAACGAAUUCACCCGUAAUCCUCAGUUCUUUGUUCCCCACUAUUGGAGUAUAUCACCUGGAACUGCAGCCUCAAAUGCUGUAAGUCAAGGAUUCCGUGAUUUCUAUUGGCAAGAUCGUUCCCUUGGACCAGACAUAAUGCUCGAGUGGACAAGAUUCCACACGGAUCAGCAAUUCAUCUAUCCUAUCGAUAAAACUAUCCGACUGACCGCCCAACACAACACGGCUUCAACUUUCUACUACCAGUUCAGCUUCGACGGAGACUUGAACUUGGUCAAACGCCUAAUUCUACUCAGCAGCUGGCCCGGAGCAGUUCACGCAGAUGAACUACCGUACUUGUUCUCCAUGACUAACCUUCCGGUGACUCCAAUUCUACCUGGUAACCCGGCCUUGACCGUUCGCAGUCGUAUGGUUCGAUUGUGGACAAACUUUGCGCUGCACAGCAACCCAACGCCAAAUUCGGACAACAAUCUGCAGAACAUCAAUUGGGCACCUAUUCAGAAUCAAAAUAUGGCAUUCCUUGACAUUAAUGAGAAUCUGGUUCCUGGCAAUUAUCCAAACCAAGCCCGCUUGCAAACUUGGUACAACUUAGAGGGCAGUUAUGCGAACAACCCAUUCCAGUAUCCCAUGACGUAAACGCGAUAUCGUCUAUACAUAUGUACACAAUAAAGAAAUUAAGCUAUUUAUUUCAAUUAAUCUGUCUGAAGGAAUUAGCUCCCGCACCAGCAAUGGAGCCGAUAAGAUAAACCAAUUUCUAUUUGCAGUAUAUUUUAAGAUUGUAAACACUUGUUUUAGAUACUAGACGCAAUUUGAAUCGAAACCUACCCCCCGGAAAUAUCGAUAAGAA